AUGAGGUGGCGGCUUAGAAGCAGUAAGCAACAGCAGAGGGAAUCCCUGCAACCACCGGAGCAAGAGCGCCAGGGAGAGAGCAAGAGGAAGAGCAAGGCGAUCUUCUCGUCCUUCUCGCCCUUGGCAUGGCUUGCGAAGCUCACGGCCAAGAACGGCGUGGCCGCUACCAAGGCCGUGCAUGCGACGUCCACGGCAAAGAACACCGCUCAGCCCGCCACCGCAUUCCCGUCUUGCUUCCACAAGCCCACGAGCCCCAGCACCGCGUCGGCGUCGGCGUCGCGGAGCAGCCUGGCCUCUUCGUCAUCAUCCGCCGCCGAGGCAGAGGCAGCAGCUGGCAUUGUCCCGCGUCGCGACGACACUACCGGGGACACGGUGGCAGGCAUCGCCCCGCGUCGCCGCUCGGUGGGCAACGAUGACACCUGCUGCAGGACCGAGGCCGCGACCGCGCGGCAGCAGCUGUACCACCGUCGCCACUACUCGGUCGGCGGCGACCGCGACCUUCGUCCGCUCGGCCACCUCGUCUCCCUCUCCCCGAAGGCGCCGCCGUCGCCGACACCGGCGCCGGUGCGGACGCUGACGCCGAUGCUGCCCCCGCUGCCUUCCGACACGGAGGACGGGGAGAAGCGGACGACACGAAGCCGCCGGCGCCGGCGCCGGCGCGUAGUCGUCAGUGGGAGGCGGUCAUUCUCCUCGGCGAAGGCCCCGGCGGCCGGCGCGCGCCUGGCGGGCGCGGUGCCCGUGCGCUCGCCUAGGCCUAGCAACGCCGCGGCGGCGGCGGUGUCGGAGCUGGAGCGGUUCGCGGUGGUGCGGCGGACGCGGGACCCGCAGCGCGCGUUCCGGGCGUCGAUGGUGGAGAUGAUCGCGAGCAAGCGCAUGGUGGGGCGUCCCGAGGAGCUGGAGACGCUGCUGGCGUGCUACCUGUCGCUCAACGCCGACGAGCACCACGACUGCAUCGUCAAGGUCUUCCGGCAGGUCUGGUUCGAGCUCAACAACACCUCCCGUGUCACCGCCACCGCCACCGCCGUCGCCGCGCCGCCGCAGCGCACCUGA